CGUAUAUAGCACAUUAAACCGCAGGCCGCAGAAUGAAAACGUCGGUAGAUAUGUCCAAAUUCGUUAUCUACCAAUUUUAAUAAUAAAAAAAAGUAGAGUUGUCGAGGAAUAAUGAGAGGUGGAUUUGAUCACAAAAAGUGAAAAGGAGCAUAAGUACCAUUUUGUGUUAUAGUGCAGUGAUUAAUUUAUACCAAAAAUUAGAGAAGUAUUUGCAUUGAUAAGCUAAAAAUGGCAGCCCUACCACGCAGGAUAAUUAAAGAAACCCAACGAUUAAUGCAAGAACCAGUGCCGGGAAUUAGUGCUGUACCCGACGAUAGUAAUGCUCGUUAUUUUCAUGUUAUUGUGACAGGCCCUGAGGACUCACCCUUCGAAGGGGGCCUCUUUAAACUAGAGUUGUUCCUCCCAGAAGACUAUCCCAUGUCUGCACCCAAAGUAAGAUUUAUAACAAAAAUAUAUCAUCCUAACAUCGAUAGACUUGGUAGAAUUUGCCUUGAUAUAUUAAAGGAUAAGUGGAGUCCUGCAUUACAAAUACGCACUGUUUUAUUAUCUAUUCAAGCCUUACUUAGUGCUCCAAAUCCAGAUGAUCCUCUAGCUAAUGAUGUAGCUGAAUUAUGGAAAGUAAAUGAAUCAGAAGCUAUUCGAAAUGCUAAAGAAUGGACCCGAAGAUAUGCAAUGGGCAAUUAAAUAUUUCCUUGACAGGGCCACAGUAAGAAACAUAACCAUUCUACUCCAAUGAUUUAUAUUUUAUUUUAAUUUAUCGAGUAAAAAUGUGGAAUUCUUAUGUUUUUUACUAUAGUUGUAAAAAAUUUCUGCUAUUACGAGAUAUUUCUCAAAUUAUAAUUAAGCAUUUUAAUAUUUUAAUUUCUAGUGUAAACAAAUCUCUAUUGUUAUUUAUAAUGUUGUAUAUUAUAAUUUCUUUUUUUUUUCAUAAACAUUUUAUUGGUUUAAAGAUCCUUUUUUACUUGUAUUUUGCUCCUUGAUCUCUGCUUUUAGUUUUUGGUUUUAAGUAAUGAAAAUUAUCUUCAGUUGGGUUUGAGAAGUAUUAAAGGAUAUUUUUCUUGCUUCAAAUGUGUACAAUUUAGCAACAAUUCCGUGCUUAGUUGCACCUGAAAAAUGGAUUUGUAGUUUGUUGUAAAUAAAGGUAUGUAAGGCUUUUUACAAAUAAAUUCUUUACACUGAA